UCCAGCUUCUGAGACAUCUGAGACUUUUCUUUCGAUAUGUGACGUUCGGAUAGACUUGGCGUCGUUCAGAGCAGGUCUUGUUGCGCAACCGAUGCAAAGGGAAAGCGAAAGGGCUGACCGUCUCAUUUCCCUCGACGGGAGCUACUUUAGUAUGCCGCCCCGGACCCCCACUUCGGGUUGACCCACAACACACACACACAAAUUACAAGAUGUUAUGGUGGGUCUCGACUUCAAGGCCGAUUUCUCCGUUGUCACAUUUUUAUUCCGAAACCGCUCCUGACGGCCACGGAAUUGGAGACGCACACCACAGUGGUAUAUAUCUGUAUUCCACGUCUUCUGACAAAAGUUCUACGACGCGAGCAAGUACUGAUUCGAUAUCUCGCUCCCACUCAACCUGUGUCACCACGUCGGACUAAUUGAGCUGAUAGCCCCGUCAUGGAUGACCACGAACUGCAAGCGAUCAAUCCUCGCGAGGUUGAAGUCGACUCUGACCCAAACGAACAAAACCUUCCAAGGGUAGAUGGUGGCAAAGAUGCAUAUCUGGUCCUGGCAUCUGUCUUUGUACAGGGAGCCUUGAUCUGGGGCUUUGUGUACGGAUUCGGUGUUUUCCAAGAAUACUAUUCGCGACAGCCGCAGUUCGCCGGUAACGUGUCGGGCCUUGCUGCUAUUGGCACUACAGGAUCGGGCAUCAUGUAUCUCACAUCGCCGCUUGUGUAUGGCUUCUUCCAGUGUUAUCCAGAAUGGCGUAGGACCGUCAGCCUGAUUGGCUUUGCUAUUAUGCUGUCCGGCAUGGUGGGCGCUUCAUUCGCAAAUUCGGUUGCACAAUUGCUCGUUACGCAAGGAGUUCUAUAUGGCCUGGGAGGCUCACUGCUAUUCUUCCCGGUCUAUUCUUACCUCGACGAUUGGUUCGUCAAGCGCCGCGGCUUAGCAUUCGGCGUAAUGAUUGCGGGCGAUGGAACCGGGGGUGUGGUCAUUCCCUUGAUAACACAGUGGAUGCUUGACAGAUGGGGUUUCCGAACGGCGAUGCGCGCGUGGUCCAUUAUCAGCUUCCUCUUCGUCUCUGCGUCGCUGAUCUAUUUGAAGCCUCACCCAAACGCUCGAAAUACUGCCGCACCAGUUUCCCGAGGCUUCGACAUGCGUUUUCUCAGGAGUUCCGCUUUCUGGAUUCUCCAGGCCGGAAACAUUUGUCAAGGGCUGGGUUACUUCAUGCCGAUCCUGUAUAUGCCCUCCUUUGCUGCUGCCCGGGGUUGGUCUAGCAUCACCGGUACUAUCGCUGUCUCUCUGUGCAACAUAUCCAUUGUUGUUGGCGCCACCGCGACUGGAUGGAUCGUUGAUCGAUACCAUGUUACUACGGCCAUCAUGAUCUCUUGUGUGGGAACCAUGAUGGCUGUUUUCAUCUUUUGGAGUUUCUCGAUUUACCAGCCUAUGUUGUUUAUUUUCGCAAUAACCUACGGAGUCUUUGCCGGCGGCUUCCCUGCCACGUGGUCGGGCUGCGCCAAUCCGGUACGCCGGAAGUACCCUGUCGAGAAUGGCAUGAUUGUGGCACUGUUUACAGCAGGCAAAGGGAUAGCCUCCGUGAUUUCUGGUCCAGUUAGCGGAGCAUUGGUCGAAGCCGACACAUGGAAGGGCCAAGUAGGGUUCGCGUAUGGCAGUGGAUACGGGUACAUGAUAAUCUUCUCGGGUAUCACCGCGUCAUUUGCAAGCAUUGGAUGGAUAGGAAAACGAUUAGGGGUGGUUUAGCAACUAGAGGUCUGAUAUACUUGGAGAUUCCGGUCAAAGUAGUGCUUCGCACAGUGACUGUAGAGGCACAUUUGGCGACAGAA